CGAUCGAGCAAGAAGCAAGCAGCAGUAACAAGAAACCAUCAUCGAUCCAUGUAUCCACCAAUGGCGGCGCUCGGAGGACGGCGGAGGAGGGCGUCGUCAGCGGCCCUCCAGCUAGCCUUGUUUGCGGUGGCCCUGGUCUCCCUGGCCGGCCCAGCCACGGCCGCGGGGAACAAGACCGGGCAGGUGACCGUGUUCUGGGGCCGGAACAAGGCCGAGGGCACGCUGCGCGAGGCCUGCGACUCGGGCCUCUACACCAUGGUGAUCAUGUCCUUCCUCGACGUCUACGGCCCGCAGCGCGGCGGCUACCAGUACCACCUGGACCUGUCGGGCCACCCGACGGCCGGCAUCGGGGACGACAUCAAGCACUGCCAGUUCGUGGGCGUGCCGGUGACGCUCUCCGUCGGCGGCUUCGGCUCCGGCUACUCGCUCCCGUCGACGCAGGCGGCGCUGGACCUGUUCGACUACCUCUGGAACGCCUUCCUCGGCGGGUCGAAGCCGGGCGUGCGCCGCCCCUUCGGCGACGCGUGGCUCGACGGCGUCGACCUGUUCCUGGAGCGCGGCUCGCCCGCCGACCGCUACGACGUGCUGGCGCUCGAGCUCGCCAAGCACAACAUCCGCGGCGGGCCCGGCAAGCCGCUGCACCUGACGGCCACGCCGCGCUGCGGGUUCCCGCCCGCCGGCUACCUGCGCCGCGCGCUCGACACGGGCAUCUUCGAGCGCGUCCACGUCCGGAUCUACGACGACGCCGACUGCGAGGCCAGGUGGCACCUCGCGUGGGACGAGUGGACGGCGGCGUACCCGGCCACCAGGUUCUACGUCGGCCUCACGGCGUCGGAGAUGACGCACGGCUGGGUGCACCCCAAGAACGUCUACUACGACGUCGCGCCGUCCGCGCAGAAGGCGGACAACUACGGCGGCUUCAUGAUCUGGGACCGCUACUACGACAAACUCUCCAACUACACCAGCAUGGUCAAGGACUACGCUUGAUUGGAUUUCUCGACUCAGUUCAGAGCAGACAUGCAUGCUAGCUGCGUCAGCCGCUUCGAUCUAGCUCACCGACCUAUAUAAGCCGAAGUACUGUGUAGUGUGUUUGCAUUUUAUUGUAAGAAACUAAGAAGGAAUAAAUUGGCGAAUAAACAAGAGUAAAAUACACCGGGUUGUUGAGUGAAAUUCAGCAUUAAGGGUGUGUUUGUUUCAGCUUAUAGAUUAUAUAAUCUGGAUUAUAAUUUAAAUUAUAUAAUUUAGAUUAUAAUCUAGAUAUAUUAUAAUCUAUAUGUAGUUGUUUGCUAGUCUAGAUUAUACAAAUGUAGAUUAUUCAUAAAGACAGCAGUACCCUUGUUUGUUUAUGUGAGGUGAGAAAAGAAGGAUGGUAUAUAUUGUAAUUUCUAUUUACAUAACAAUGGGUAGUGGGACUUUUGCC